AUGUCAGAGAAUGCUUUAACCGAUAGAAGAACGCAACCACAAUAUUUUAAGCAAACAUCUGAACAUAAAGGAUUCCUUGUUCUCUCUUUAAAAGCAUUACGCCUUCAUGGAGACGAUUAUUCUCAAGUGUCACCCCAGAUUUUCAUAAGGCUUAGAAAACGAGAACUCAAGUCUUUAACAUUGAGAAAAAAAGGAAGCUAUAAGGAAAGCUUUCGACCAUACUUAAUCUUGAAAACUAUCGAUUAUUUCUGUCGUCUGCCUUCGUAUUAA